GAGUUUCAUACAGAAGUAGCCCUUACCCACCUCGAGUAUUCACGCAGUUUACAGUCACUGGUAGAAACAUUCAAAGAAAAAACACUUCUAGCCAAAGAGAGGUGGAAAGAAUGUAAAAAUCUCUUUACAGUUUGGGAAAAUGUUCUGCAGGCGUACGGCUCGGCUGCUCAAGACCAUAGUGACCUUGGUGAGGCUAUUGAGGCAUCAGUCACUGACCAGUUGGUGGAAUCAGCGAAAAACAAACAGCAACUUGUGAAGAUGUUGGACGUGUACAGAGAUGAUUAUAUCAAACAGUCGCAAUCGCUCGAUGCUGUCAUUGAUAAGAGUGAAAAGGAAUACUUUGAAAGCUGGUCGAAAAUGAGCAAGGAUGGGAUGAACACUAUAAAGAAUCACAAUACGGCGUUCUGCUACAAUAGAUUAAAUGAUUAUAUCCUACAAAUACAGUCAGCAAAUCAGUUGAAUGAAUCUUUAUCUACCGCAGUGCUUCCAAAAGUUAAUUCCGACUCAGAUUUAGUCCGUCAUGAAAUUUCAGAAUCAGGAAUAUCUGGACUAGUAUGGCAUUCCAAGGUUCUUAUAGCAAAGUUAUCGGAUGAGAUGCGAAAGCUUGAGGUCAUCUCGAAAAGAUCAUCAUCAGAGAAACCAAAGGGGAAAGCAGAGUCCUUUGAAGCCAAGCAAUACACAUUCAAUAAACCACAGCCAGCAACAGGAGGGGAAUUUGCUCAAAAUAAACUGGUGCUCAACUCAGCUACUGAAGGUAAUCUCAGAGAAAAAUACGACUCACUCACCAAAGAGAUCCAGUCACUAGAGACGGAAAUAAAUGUUGUCAAAGACCAGACUAAUCGGUUAAAGAGACAAUAUGAAAGCAUCAAGUCCAAUCAGUCCAGUAAAGCACAUGAAACGUUACUUGAGAUUCACAAGCUACGUAAUGACAACAGGCAAAACGAGACGAACCUCGCCUGCAAAAGAGCUCAGCUUUUAUUGUUUUCACCCGAAUGGUUUAAAACCCGUCUCAGCAAUGGCCACGCUAUCAUGGCAUCGCCGGAGAGACGAGCUUCAGAAUCGGGCGAUUCCAUCCGAGAAAUGGGGGUGUCAAGUAAUGGAUCGAUCAACUCAAAGUCGCAUGUCUUCCAGGAAUAUAACUUUAUCAAACCAACGUUUUGUGAUGAUUGUAAGGGCCUGCUUAAAGGUAUAAUGAGACAAGGUCUGAGAUGCAAAGUAUGUAAAGCCAACGUUCACCAUCGCUGUAUGGAAUCUGUGUCAUCAUGCUCCGGUCCAGCAUCACCUGACAAGCGAAAGAUGCUCCGUAGACAGAAGAGCACGACUGAUCUUGAUACAAGAAGUUUAAGUGAUGUCAAAGGAACAAUAAGAGAGGAACCAGUUGAUCCCAUCUACCACACGAUCAAGUGUGCUGCUAGUUUAUCAGGGUCCACUACCGACAUGGCCCGUCGAGGGUCAGUAUCAUCAACGAUGUCUUCAGGGAGUCCGAAAGGGACGCCCUCUAAGUCCAAACCGCAACAGGCGUCACCUGCUAACAACGAGGGUAAUUUCCUGUUAGCACCCGAUUCGCCGACGCGGAGAUCGGGAACGCCAAAGUCAGCACCGCAUAGAUCCGUAGCGCAGUUUGGUAGUCUCGGUCGUCACUUUUCCUCCCCCCUCCAUGAUAUUAACCAAACUCGGGAAAAUCGUGUUUUUAUUUUACCGUCUGCCGCCCCCACCGCCCAUUCUACUCCCACACCCACCUAUGUGGGGCGCCCUCGUGUCCGGUCGGCCAUCAGCCCAAACCAAGCAGGAGAGGAAUCAAGAAGGAAGAUUCUGCAGUCUUACGGGAAGAGCAUGUCCUUUGAUACCGAACCAUCACACAAAUCAAGCACAAAUGGUCGAAAGAGCGAACCGCCACCUCCUAUUGAGAACAAUCCCCCACGUCACUCCUCUUCUGCCUCUGACGUCAUGAAUGUGCGGUUUACGUCCACCCUUCCAACCCGGCAAAAAUAUUCUGGUCGCGUUAUUUCAAGUUCAGUCAAGUGUUGUAAGGAUGCAUCGACGAGCCCUGCGCCGGGGAGGGAGUAUGUGUGUCUAUAUGACUUUGAAGGCAUGCUCCGGGACGACCUAUCACUGAAGGCUGGCCAGAAAGUUCGAGUAGCCGAGGACGAGGGAUCUGAUUGGUGGAAGGGAGAUUGUGAUGGUCGGUUUGGAUAUUUUCCAGCAUUCUGCGUGACCUUCCUCCAACCCUGGGAGAGAGUAAUGGUAGUAAUACAUAGCUUCAAGGCAUCCAACGAGAAGGAGGAUGGGCUUACGCUGCGGAAGGGACAGGUUGUGAUUCAGAUGUCCCCUGAGGAUAAUGGUUGGAGUCAAAUGAGGACCGGGCGCAAAAGUGGUUAUUAUCCGUUCCAGUAUCUCGAAGCAUUUGGAAAACUGAAAUAAACUUUUUUUCUUUGGUUGCGGUAUUCUGCCCAUGAGUACGAAACCAUCCGACUGUGACGUCAGAGAUGGAAGCUUCCUUCUGGCGAGCAACCAUUAAAAAGUAAAAUACGUGGUCGUACUUGCAGGCUUAGUAAUAAUAAUAUGUCCAUUUAUAUAGCGCAGUUACUAUGCAUAUACUCAACUGUGCUUUGAUACUUGGUAUCAUAUUAUUACCCCUGCCGUAGCUGAGCCGCCAUAUUAAUAGAGAGUUUAAUAAAGCGUUCAAGGAAUAAAUCCUACCGGGUACCCAUUCACCUCUCCUGGGUCGAGUGCAGCACAAUGUGGAUAAAUUUCUUGUCGAAGGAAAUUACGUUAUGGCUGGGAUUCGAACCCACAACCCUCUGUUUCAAAGUCCGGAGACUAAUCCACUGGGCCACAACGCACCGUUUUAUUUACAUUUUAUUCAUUGAAACGUGGUUACAACUUUUUUACUCGUGUUGGUCUCGCAACCUUUGUGAUUCGAUCCAGGUCUGGCAAGCUGCUCUUGAACGCGGUCGCGCCACUGUGUUUUCAUGGAAAAAGUACCUAGAUGUUCGCCAAGAUACGUCAAUGAUCCAAAAAUGUUUUAUUUAACGUGCAGAAUGGGUCGUCAAGAGUAUUUUUUGCAAUGAUUCGCUGAUGAGCAGAAAAACAGUUGGAUAUUAUAGCGUGUUCAAUACAUGGUUCAAUUAGCUUGUUUUUAUGAAUACACAACUUUUUGUGUGGAUACAAAAAUCAAAACAAAAGUUCUUGAAAAUCAAUUCAUAGAACGUGACAUUGUUAUCUGAUACAGUACAUAAGUAGCAAAUGUAACAUUUAUCCUGUUUGGUUUCAACAUGGUUAAGAAAGGUUUAAAAUGGGGACAAUUGUCCAAAAUCUUACGUGCGAGUUUUUAUUUCUUAAAACUCGCAUCACCAAAGAUAUGUGUCAUCUUUUUGACAAGGUGUACAACGUUUAGGUCUUGCACCUAUUUUUAUCGCUAUUUUUAUUGGAAUCAAUUUCCAUUAUCGUGCAAAUUGUGACACCAAAUUGUACAGUUGUAAUUGUAAAUAUGUAUUUUAAAGAAGAUAGUCAGGUGUACAUAUAUAUUUUGGAAUUAUUUUAAUGAUAUAAUCGUGUUUUCUAGAGCAUUCUUUGAAUUGAUUUUAUUCCAUCCCCGUGAAAUGGAAUAGAAUAUUCCCCGGUUUAUAGAAACCAAUUACCUCACCCAAAAACGAUUUAGCGGAACAAUCGAAAAGCAGGGGUGUUUUGAUCGAUGUGAUUACCACUUACAAAAUGUAAAUGGAAGACCUAACUAGCAAUAUUUAUUAUGAACAAAAUAUAUUUAUACCACAUG